AUGGACAUGCGCGCCAUGGACGACGCCGAGAGCUCUGAGGCUGUGGACGCUCUGAAGACAGCUGCUGUGUGUGCACCUCCUCCUCCUCCUGCUGCAGCCAUGUUCACCCGGAUGGUCAAGUUGCGGCUGCUGAACGCCGUCGCCCCCGCCUACUUCUCCGUAGCAACCGUGGUCACCUUCAUCUUGUAUUUCUACCUCUUCAUCCCCACCAUCUUCCCCGGGCCGGACAGCGCCCUGGGGAGCUCCGGCACGGCCCUGCACGCCCUGGCCUUCCUCUUCCUCAUGUUCAACGCACUGGGCAACUACGUCAUGACCAUCAAGUACCCGGCCGAGAGCGCCAACGAGAGCGCCGUGCCCGUGUGCUCGCCCCACUGCUCCGACAAGGUGGACGCGCACUACCUGCUGAACGGGCGCCACUUCUGCAAACUGUGCAAGAAGGUGAUCCUGAAGCGGGACCACCACUGCUUCUUCACCGGGAACUGCAUCGGCAACAGGAACAUGAGGUACUUCAUCAUGUUCUGCGUCUACACGUCCUGCACCUGCCUGUACUCGCUGGUUCUGGGCGUGGCCUUUCUGACGCUGGAGUACGACGUGUGCUUCCGGAACCCGCUGACCUUCCUCACGCUGCUGCCGCUCUCCACGGGGCACUUCUUCAUGGGCACCAUCUCAGGCCUGCACCUCUUCCUGGUCCUGAUGCUGUACGUGUGGCUGGGCAUCGGUCUGGUGUGCGCGGGCUUUUGCUGCCAGCAGGUGUUGCUGGUGGCCCGGGGUCAGACUUGGUGCCAGCUGCAGAGGGGCGAGCUGGUGGACUGCCACAGCCCCUGGAGGAACAACCUGAGGGACGUGUUCGGGACCCGCUGGCUCCUGGGCCUCAUCCUGCCCGUCCAGACUGCAGUCCCCACGCAGGAGGCCGAGGAGCUCAAACUGGACUAA